AUGAUACAAGUUUUAUUCCAAGCGUUACUAAACUUUAUCCGCCGUUCUUAACUUUUGAAUAAUCAAUCUGAUCCUCGAAAACCAUCUUGCAAUUUAAAGCCCAUAAAAUUUCCUUAUUAUAGAUGCCAGAGUAACCGUGCAUCAACUAUUGUUAUACCUAUAUUCCAAAAACUCGUAAUACUAUGGCAAACGACUAUAUUCAUAUAUUUAAGCACAUGAGUCACUGCAAGAUGAGACGAUUGAACAUACAAUUUUGGGCAAUAUGUGGGCUUAGUUGUAUGUUUAUAGUCGCCGUAAUAGCACCGGACGUAAGGCAGUGGAGCGAGGAGCGAGUGAGCACACACGAGCAUAUGGGACAGUUACACUUUCCCACCACUAUAUAUUCUAAAUACGAGAAGAGCGUUACGUAUACCAGAGAUACGGAUCCGUCAACUCCAAUCACACAACUGCUGGAUGAUUUCAGUAUAUCUCUACUUAAUUUGACUGCGUUCAAUCGAUCCAUACCGCCUGGCUACAUUGUGGCCAAGAGCGACUCGCUGGUGAUGGGGCCAAAGGUAGAGGAAAAUGACUGGAAGGAUCUUCUAGCCGAAUAUUGGCUAUCGCUGCUCUGGGUGAUAUUUCUGAUAAUACUCAUCAUACUGAUGCCCUGCAUAGGCGUUUGCUAUUGCUGCUUCUUUUGCUGGCGACGCUGCGCUGGGGGCUGUCCCACCUGCGAUUUGAAGUCGGAUAAUCGCUGGCGAUUGGCUUACGGCAUUUUGCUCGGCUUACUGCUGCUGGGUCUUUUUUUGGGUUUGCUGUUCGCUUAUUCGGCGAACAGUUCUUUGGAGCGCGGCUUCGAGUAUACGCAGAAGACGAUGCGACGCGGCAGCGAGGAUACGUGCCAGUUCCUAAAGGAUUGCGCGCAGCACAUUCGCCAUUUGCUCGUUAGGAACUACCAGGAAAUGCAAACACAACUCAAUGAUGUCCUAAAGAAUGCUCACACUCACAUUUUUUUGGACCUCAUGGAUGUCUCUCAGGCUAAUAUGUUAUUCGAGUUGGAGCUCAUCUUGAGCCACCUGAAUAAGGUUCGGACUGACUUCAAGGCCGUCAAAUUCUGGCAGGAUGAAUUACUGUUCUAUAAUGCACAAUUGCGAGAUGGCCUUCGUACUGUCAAGCGUGAUAUUACUUACGCCUGUACAACUCUCUGUGCGAGUCGCAGUUGCUUGCAGUUUUUGAAGACAACUGCAAUCGAGCUGAUGGAUACGUCGUCCUGUCUGCAUUUGGAUGAUCUGCCGAACGUGGAAGACUAUGUGACUGGAGUGGAGGAGAUGAUUAACAAUGGCUUACCUGAAAUACCCGAAGAGGGAAUCCGCAGAGUUCAAGUUCUAGGAACGCAAAUCAACGAAGCCGUAGAACCGAUCAUACCCCCUAUAUUGACCGAUCUGCAGGCUGGAGAACUUUUGUUCAGGGAUGAAUCGAAGGUCAUGAGAGAAUCAAUUAAUGGGAUGAUCAACAGCAUACACUUCACCACUCUCCGAUCGAUAAAGUCUCUCGAAGAUGUCGACGCCAAGUUUGGCACCAUGCGCAGUGGCGUCCAUGCUAUUGUGCUCGUAAUCCUCACGAUCAUAGUAGCUUCGCUGAUGGUUGCCUUGGUCUUUGGAUGCUGUACACCUAUAAGACGGUUUGGUCGUGAUGGACUUUGGAGCAAAAGGUCGGGCGCCCUUUGCCUCUUAUUUGCCAUUAUAUUGAUAUUCAGCAUAUUCUGGCUCACCUCGCUGGUUGGACUAUUUUAUUAUAUCUUCGGCAUGGUGACCUAUCAAGGAGUGUGUGCUCCGUUUCGCGAUCGGGAAAAUAAUUCCUUUUUCCAGCAAAUGGAUCCCCUAAUUGAUCUCAAUCGAUUCUUGCCAGAAACCGUGAAGAAUAUGGAUAUUGAAAGGGAAAGAGAUUGGGAAGCACAUAGAGCGCUGAUAGGCACAAUAAGAGAGAGUAAAAUGAAACACAGUGAGGAUAUGCGAGGGAAAAGGCAAGCUGAAAGGGAAACUGUGCCACUCCGCAUGUCGACGGCAAUUAAGGCAUGCGAGGCCGAUGAGUCCGUCUUCAAAUUGCUCCGUAGGAACAACGUCUACGACAUAGAAGAACUAGUUCGACUAGAGGUUUUGACACAGCACCCAGCGCCAAAGGUACCCAUUUUCAAGGAGGAUAUCAAGGACUUUGUGGUGCUCACGAAAGAGGAACACGUUAAGUUGAUGGAGGCCGGGUACGGCAAAUUAACCGAGUAUCAUAGUUCGACCUUUCUAAAACAUCUCUGUGAUGAAAUAACGCCCGUUGCAUUGCCAAAACUCAUCCGGGAUAUCAGAGAGCUAGAGGCCAGCCUAAAAAGCGAUUGGGGUCGCUAUGAUCUAGCCAAAGUCUCCUUGGCCAAUGCAGCGAAUGAUCUGGAGCGAUACCAUCUUAAUCUCGUGCACAAGAUCCAGACCACUAUGGAAAAGAUUAAGAUAAAGCUGAAGGAAAUCGAUACUUUUAUCCUAUAUGAAGAAUUGCCAUUUGGCGAAACAAUGCAAGGUCUACAAGAAGCUAUAAAACACUCCCAGGAGUUCAUUAGAUCCAAUGCUGAAAGCUAUGCACGGUAUCUGCGUACGAAUCUAACUACUUACGUUGAGGGCGAGGUGUCCGAUUUCAUGGAGAGGGUUAUCCACCAUUGUGAAAAUGAGGUCGGCAAGUGCAGGCCCCUAGCCUAUAUCUACUACACAGGUGUCGACUUGAUUUGCCGUCGUCUUGUCUAUCCCAUGAAUGGCUUUUGGGUGGGCCUGCUGUUCAUUGCGUUGCUUCUGUUGCCCACUCUCUUUGUGGCCCAUCGAUUGAUUUGCCUAUACAAAAAAGUCUAUCCUGGACCACCACAAGCCCCAGUCCAAUGUCGAGCCUGCGGCGGAGUUUCACUUGUGGAUGAUGGGACUAAUAAGCGCUCUCCGAUCUGCAUUCUUCAGGACAUGGUUGAUAAUCCCGCCGAAUCUGAGACCACAGUGGUUGAAGUGACUGUUGAGCCCUCAGCUUCCACGGAAACAAUCAAAUCAGAUACGGGUACCUUAUGCAACAGCAGCAGUAAGCACAAACAGGACUAGACACCGAACUAAAUGUAUAUAUGGGACUCCGAUUUGCACUCACUCUACAGUUGCUGGUUCUUGAAAUGUUUUAUUUGAAUCGUAAUAUUAAAGUGAAUUUUCGUUUA